AUGUCCUGCUACAACCAGUGCCUGCCCUGCCAGCCCUGCGGCCCGACCCCGCUGGCCAACAGCUGCAACGAGCCCUGCGUCAGGCAGUGCCAGAACUCCACCGUCAUCAUCGAGCCCUCCCCCGUGGUGGUGACCCUGCCCGGCCCCAUCCUCAGCUCCUUCCCGCAGAACACCGUUGUGGGCUCCUCCACCUCCGCUGCUGUUGGCAGCAUCCUCAGCAGUAACGGAGUCCCCAUCAACUCCGGCUGCUGUGACCUCUCCUGCAUCACCAGCCGCUACUGCGGCAGAACAUGCCUCCCCUGUUAA